AAAAGAUCGAAGUAACCGCAAAGCAGUAACACGUCUUGAAUCUCCUCGAAACGUUUUUACAUCAGAUUUUUUUCAAUAGUAUAGCAAAAAUAAUUGUAUUUUGUAAUAAAAAUUUUCACGUGGAUCUUGGCAGCAAAUACAGUCACACACUUGUUAGUUACAUCUAGUACGCACAUGAGAACGUACCGUUUACUUUGUCAGCUGAAUCAGUGAAAUCGAUAGGAGCAUUAAAAGAAGAGCAAAGUCAUUUAAGGAAAUUCGAAGAAGUCGCUAUGAGGUGUGACUCUUUUCGCGCUUGAGGUGUGUCACAACAUUGAACCAGUGACGUGAAUAUUGUGCGCAAAUACUGGGUAAAAUUGCAGUACAAUGCAGAGUGUAAUCAAUUCAGUUAAGGGUACUGCACUUGGUGUUGCCGAGUACCUAACACCGGUUCUCAAGGAGAGUAAGUUCAGAGAGACGGGUGUUUUGACUCCAGAAGAGUUUGUGGCUGCUGGUGAUCAUUUGGUGCAUCAUUGUCCCACCUGGCAAUGGGCUACUGGCGAUGAGGAUAGAAUCAAAUCAUACUUGCCAAGAAAUAAGCAAUUUUUAUUGACAAGACAUGUGCCAUGUACGCGUAGAUGUAAACAGAUUGAGUAUUGCGAGGAUCAGGAGCGAAUUAUAGAAGCUGAUGAUCCUGAAGGAGGAUGGGUAGAUACUCAUCACUAUGAUACUAGUUUAGGCGGAAUAGAAGAGAAGGUUACAGAAAUGACCUUAGGGGAAGCACAACCAAAUCAAGAUGCUGAAGCAGGAGAGACCAAUGAAGAUGAUGAGGAUGAUGAAGAAGCUGCAGACAUGGAGGCUUUUGAAGUUAGUGGUAUGCUGGAUGAAGAAGACAAGUAUGCAGCAGAACCUGCUAAGAAAUCGGUAAAAGAGAAGCGAGACUCAUUCUCCGAAGGUGAAAUAAUUCGUACCCGAACGUAUGACCUUCAUAUUACAUAUGACAAGUAUUAUCAGACACCUAGGCUUUGGUUGUUCGGAUACAAUGAAAGUCGAAAACCACUUUCCGUGGAAGAGAUGUAUGAGGAUGUUAGUCAAGAUCAUGCAAAAAAGACAGUUACCAUGGAAAGUCAUCCUCACAUGCCAGGACCGCCAAUGGCUUCCGUGCAUCCGUGUCGACAUGCUGAAGUUAUGAAGAAAAUCAUUGAAACAGUUAUGGAAGGUGGAGGCGAGCUGGGUGUUCAUAUGUAUCUCAUUAUUUUCCUAAAAUUUGUGCAGUCGGUCAUUCCCACGAUAGAGUACGAUUACACUCAAAACUUUAUGUUAACUAGCUCAGGCUAAUUCGCUGGCGAAUCAAAAAAAAAGGCUAACUCGAUGGAGCUACUAUGAGCUUAAGAGAUGCACGCAAUUUCGUGGAUUCUGCCUUGAUUUUUCUCUAUUUUUUCUUUCAAGUAAUAUAUUUAAUAUAAUACGAGUGUCUACACUCACAACUAUUAAUUAUAAAUGUGCUCACAAUAUAUUUCGCUUGGCAUAUGAAAAAAGGUAGAGAGAAAAAACAGAACAAUAGAAACCAAUGAAAAUAUAUAAUAUAUAAAUCGCUAAAAUAUCUUUGCUCACGUCCAAGUGACUUUUGAGCUAUUGUUGUGGCAAAUAAGUUUAUUUGUGCCCGAGUAUUCCGAGAAGAUUUAGAUUUCAGAUCCACCAAUGUGAUCCCGGUCGAUUUAAUACUGUCUUUUACAUAAUCAGCCAUUGAUAUUAAGUUUCAGAUUGAACAAGAGUACACAUGGUCAGAUCCAUAAUACUGUAUCUCUUAAACGAUACAGAUCUUGUGGUUUAGUUAAAUUUUUUAAAACGCUACUUGUCGCAUUACACGAAUAAAUAAAAUAAGAAACUGAA